ACUUGCUGAUCUGCUGAAAGCCUCGAGCGUACUGGCAGGCGACACCAGAAGCUCUUGCACAUCGCCACAGAGAGAAAGACAUCUCAAAGCAGAGGCUGCUUUUAUCUCCCGCGUCAGUCAGUCAGUCAGUAGGAUCAGGUACACUGCGCAGCGCCGCGUGGGACUCGAGCUGUACUUCACCAACAACCAGACAGCAGUUCCAGUCCAGAGUCUGGAGGCAGCAGACAUUAACACUGUGGAGUAGAGCGGAACGAGCUGAUCCUUCUCUCCCGGUCCCGACCUGGUCCUUACGGAACUGACCAGAGAGAGAGAGAUGAGAGAUGAUUAAAUCAUGUGGAUUAUAUAGUCACUCACUGGAUACAACAGCUGAACACGACGCGGUUACAAAAGGAUUUAGACUUGAAGACUGAAGAGAUCGUUUCGGGGGGAUAUCUCUCUGCCCGGGUGGAAGAGGCGCUCAGGCAGGCUGCUUGUUGGGAUUUGAUUUUAGAACUGCAUAAUAUUACAACUACAACACUUCUAGGCGGAUGUACAUAUAUAGUGUUUUUGGAGCAGUUUUGAGGAACAGUUUUGUUUAUUCUUAUGGUGAUAAUUAACUCUUAUAAAGGAUCGCUGUCAAAACGGAAUCACACAGAAAGGAUUACAAUCCUUGGGACAGUGAGAGGUAUAUCUGGGGUUGUUUCUAUGGUGACGGAGGCAGUGAUUCUGUUGGAUACCCAUGAUGCACCGGUACGAUGCCUGAGUCGGAGACAGGUCUAGUAGCUCAGCACAUCACUGUGGAGACCAGAGGAAUAGUUGCUAUGUGGUGUUCUCUCUGGCUCUCCCUCCUCCUAUACCCUCUCUCCGUCUCUACAGCCAGAUUACCCACAGUACUGCCAACAGACUCUGUGUUCCUGGAGGACUAUGUGGUCUCUACUGGGGACACCCUGGAUCUGUCCUGUAACCCCAACGGUCCCGCCCAAGCUGUCCUCUGGUUCAAGGAUGGCAGCGGCCUGUUGCCUAGCAACCGGACGCGAGUAGACCAGAGGGUUCUACGCAUCAUCAACGUGUCUUACGAGGACUCCGGCAUGUACUCCUGCCACGUCACUCACGACAACAACCUGCUCAGCAACUACACAAUCAGAGUGACAGAUUCCCUGUCUUCUGGCGAUGAUGAAGACCAUGAUGAAGACUGGGAUGAUACAGAAGGCCCGUAUUGGACCAGACCGGACCGCAUGGAGAAGAAGCUCCUCGCCAUCCCAGCAGCCAAUACCGUCAAAUUCCGUUGCGCUGCCGCUGGAAACCCCACGCCCUCCAUCCAUUGGCUGAAGAAUGGGAAGGAGUUUAAGGGUGAACAGAGGAUGGGCGGGAUCAAGCUAAGGCACCAGCAGUGGAGUCUGGUGAUGGAGAGUGCUGUCCCUUCAGACCGUGGGAACUACACCUGUGUUGUACAGAACAAGUACGGCACCAUCACCCACAGCUACCAGCUAGACGUGCUAGAGCGCUCCCCUCACAGGCCCAUCCUCCAGGCAGGUCUUCCAGCCAAUCAGACAGUGGUAUUGGGCAGUAAUGUGGAGUUCCACUGUAAGGUGUACAGCGAUGCCCAGCCUCACAUCCAGUGGCUGAAGCACAUCGAGGUGAACGGAUCCCGGUAUGGUCCCGACGGUGUCCCAUACGUCAACAUACUCAAGACGGCUGGUAUAAACACUACGGAUAAGGAACUAGAGAGCCUCUUCCUUACCAAUGUGUCUUUAGAGGAUGCAGGAGAGUAUACUUGUCUAGCAGGGAACUCUAUUGGGUAUGCUUACCACUCUGCUUGGCUCACCGUGCUCCCAGCGCUGCACGAUGGUGACAAGGAGGAUGACUAUGCUGACAUCCUGAUCUAUGUGACGGGCUGCGUGCUGUUCAUCCUGGCCGUCGUCAUCAUCAUCCUCUGUCGUAUGAGGAUGUCUACCCAGAAGACCCUGCCCUCCCCGCCUAUCCAGAAACUCUCCAAGUUCCCCUUAAAGAGACAGGUUUCCUUGGAGUCUAACUCCUCCAUGAACUCCAACACACCAUUGGUCAGGAUUGCACGUCUGUCAUCCAGCGAUGGACCAAUGCUGUCCAACGUCUUGGAGCUGGAGCUUCCGUCAGACCCCAAAUGGGAGUUCUCUAGGACCAGGCUAACGUUGGGUAAACCUCUGGGAGAAGGCUGCUUCGGUCAGGUGGUAAUGGCGGAGGCCAUCGGGAUCGACAAGGAGAAACCCAACAAGCCCCUCGACGUCGCUGUGAAGAUGCUCAAAGAUGACGCCACAGAUAAGGACCUGUCAGACCUGGUCUCAGAGAUGGAGAUGAUGAAGAUGAUUGGAAAACACAAAAACAUCCUCAACCUGCUGGGAGCAUGUACACAGGAUGGUCCCCUGUACGUGUUGGUGGAGUACGCUUCCAAAGGGAACCUGAGGGAGUACCUGAGAGCCCGUCGGCCCCCGGGGACAGACUACUCCUUCGACACCUGUAAGAUUCCUGACGAGCAGCUCACCUUUAAAGACCUGGUGUCCUGUGCCUACCAGGUGGCGCGUGGCAUGGAGUACCUGGCCUCACAGAAGUGUAUCCAUAGAGAUCUGGCAGCCAGGAACGUCCUGGUAACCGAGGAGAACGUGAUGAAGAUUGCAGACUUCGGUCUGGCCAGAGAUGUGCACAACAUAGACUACUACAAGAAGACUACUAAUGGUCGUCUACCCGUGAAAUGGAUGGCUCCAGAGGCUCUGUUCGACCGCGUCUACACGCACCAGAGCGAUGUGUGGUCGUAUGGGGUGCUGCUCUGGGAGAUAUUUACCCUGGGAGGGUCCCCGUACCCCGGCAUCCCUGUAGAGGAGCUGUUCAAACUGCUGAAGGAGGGCCACCGCAUGGACAAACCUGCCAACUGCACACAUGAACUAUAUAUGAUCAUGAGGGAGUGCUGGCACGCUGUCCCAUCUCAGAGACCUACCUUCAGGCAGCUGGUGGAGGACCAUGACAGGGUUCUGUCCAUGACCUCCACAGACGAGUACCUGGACCUGUCUGUUCCGUUUGAGCAGUACUCUCCAACCUGCCAAGACUCCAGCAGCACCUGUUCCUCAGGAGAUGACUCUGUGUUCUCCCACGACCCCCUCCACGACCCCCUCCCUGACCAACCCUGCCUCCCCAUGAACCCCUCCCUGACCAACCCUGCCUCGCGACGACCCCCUUCUCAUGACCCCCUCCCUGACCAACCCUGCAUCCCCAAAAUGAGGGGGGAAUAACCUUGUCAAACUGCUGCAGAUUUACAUGGCAAUCAGGACAUAGGUUGGGCUGGAUGGGGAGAGGGUGGGGGGCUCCCCCGAGACACCUCUCAGCGUCAUACUUUGAGCCUCCUCUAGAUAUGAGGAAGAGAACAGCCCAUGCAAUACAUCCUUAAACGGACACAUUUUUUAAGAAUCUUUGCAUUGAAGGUUGGACAAUUUUUUGCCGCCAAAAACGUUUUUUUUCUUAAAAAUGAAAAUGUAUAUUUUUUAUACUUGGCCAGUCUUUAGUUAUUGACAAUCCUGAAAGGUCAAACCAUUCAGUGCCUACUGGAACCUAACUCUAACGCACAGAACUGGGAGGAGAUUGACACAAGGACAUGAACACCAUUAACCAGGGAGGCAGGGCAUCUAUAACGCCAUUGGCCAUGAAAGCAGGGAAUCUAUAACGCCUUUGGCCAGGGAGGCAGGGUAUCUAUAACGCCAUUGGCCAGGCUGGCAGGGUAUCUAUAACGCCAUUGGCAAAAAAGAAAGCAGGGUAUCUAUAACGCCAUUGGCCAGGGAGGCAGGGUAUCUAUAACGCCAUUGGCCUCGAAAGCAGGGAAUCUCUAACGCCAUUGGCCAGGGAGGCAGGGUAUCUAUAACGCCAUUGGCCAGGGAGGCAGGGUAUCUAUAACGCCAUUAGCCAGGGAGGCAGGGUAUCUAUAACACCAUUGGCCAGGGUGGCAGGGUAUCUAUAACGCCAUUGGCCAGGGAGGCAGGGUAUCUAUAACACCAUUGGCCAGGGAGGCUGGGUCUCUUUACCUCUCCUCUGUGGAGUACACGGGAACUAGUUUUUGCAAAUGUGCAGCAUACCAGCAGAGCCAGAAUCAACAAAAUGAUGUGACUAGUUCUUCCAAUAACAGUUAGUGCUUUACUCCAAGAUCCCUCACCCUCACCUCUGUUGAAUCAUCUCAACCAUCAUGCAGCAGAAUACAGAAUACAAUACAACAAUCUGAACCAGGACUGUAACAGACGUCUCUGCUGUUUGAAACUCUGAUGGGAACCAAGCUGCAGUCAGACCCUUCAACAGGAGGGAAAUAUAGAACCAAUCUCUCUGAUGGGAACCAAGCUGCAGUCAGACCCUUCAACAGGAGGGAAAUAUAGAACCAAUCUCUCUGAUGGGAACCAAGCUGUAGUCAGACCCCUCAACAGGAGGGAAAUAUAGAACCAAUCUCUCUGAUGGGAACCAAGCUGCAGUCAGACCCCUCAACAGGAGGGAAAUAUAGAACCAAUCUCUCUGAUGGGAACCAAGCUGUAGUCAGACCCCUCAACAGGAGGGAAAUAUAGAACCAGUCUCUCUGAUGGGAACCAAGCUGUAGUCAGACCCCUCAACAGGAGGGAAAUAUAGAACCAGUCUCUCUGAUGGGAACCAAGCUGCAGUCAGACCCUUCAACAGUAGGGAAAUAUAGAACCAAUCUCUCUGAUGGGAACCAAGCUGUAGUCAGACCCUUCAACAGUAGGGAAAUAUAAUUGGGGGUGUUUCUAUGUAUCUUUAAAACGUUUUAAUUGUAAAUAUAUAGAUGCAAAUAUGUAUCAUAUUGCUGUCAGCAGCCAUGUGCUUAAAAUGAGAUUUAUUUUCUUCUAAAAUAUUGUUUUAGAAUCAAAGCAUUGCAAUCUAGAAUACACUGUCAUGAUCAUGUAAUAAUUUAAAGUGAUACAAAAGGUUUAUUUGAAUUAUUAACAUGUAUAUUUGUAAAGAUAUUUAUAGACUUAACAUGUAGUUCAUAAGUUAGAACAAUCUUGUUCAGGAUUUAGUACUGUAAGCAAAGAUGUUUUAUUUAUUUUUCUGUAACUUAUGUAAAGCAGAACAAUAUUAUUUUCACGACUGGCAGAUUUUAUUUCUCUUGUUUUUCAUCCAUCUUGUUUUGUUUACAGUAAAAAAAAAGAAUGUAUGAAAGAUUUAAAGCAAUUUUAAUGAGCAGAGCAGGACAAGGAAACUGAGUUUGAUUAAAUGUAAAUCUAGGGA